GCCGCCGAGCAGCCGCCGCCGCCGCCGGGCGCGCCCCGCGUCUCCGGCCCGCCGCGGCGCCCCCGCCUCGCCCCGCGCCUCCCGGCCCACCCUUGGCGGGGUUCGCGAACCGCGUUUCAUGCAUGUCCAGUGGGGGAAGGUUUAAUUUUGACGAUGGAGGGUCCUACUGCGGAGGAUGGGAGGACGGCAAGGCGCACGGCCACGGCGUCUGCACCGGCCCCAAGGGCCAAGGCGAAUACACCGGCUCGUGGAGCCACGGCUUCGAGGUGCUGGGCGUCUACACCUGGCCCAGCGGCAACGCGUACCAGGGCACCUGGGCGCAGGGCAAGCGCCACGGCAUCGGCCUGGAGAGCAAGGGGAAGUGGGUGUACAAGGGCGAGUGGACGCACGGAUUUAAGGGGCGCUACGGGGUGCGGGAGUGCACGGGCCACGGCGCCAAGUACGAAGGGACGUGGAGCAACGGGCUGCAGGACGGCUACGGGACCGAGACGUACCCGGACGGAGGGACCUACCAGGGGCAGUGGGUGGGCGGCAUGCGCCAGGGCUACGGCGUCCGGCAGAGUGUGCCCUACGGCAUGGCGGCCGUCAUCCGCUCGCCCCUGAGGACGUCCAUCAACUCCCUGCGGAGCGAACACACCAACGGGGCGGCCCUGCACCCCGACGCCGCCCCGGCGCUGGCCGGCAGCCCGGCCGUGUCGCGGGGCGGCUUCGUGCUGGUGGCGCACAGCGACUCGGACAUCCUCCGGAGCAAGAAGAAGGGCCUGUUCCGGCGCUCGCUGCUCAGCGGGCUCAAGCUCCGGCGCUCCGAGUCCAAGAGCAGCCUGGCCAGCCAGCGCAGCAAGCAGAGCUCCUUCCGCAGCGAGGCCGGCAUGAGCACCGUCAGCUCCACGGCCAGCGACAUCCACUCCACCGUCAGCCUGGGCGAGGGCGAGGCCGAGCUCUCGGCCGUGGAGGACGACAUCGACGCCACCACCACCGAGACGUACGUGGGCGAGUGGAAGCACGACAAGCGCGCGGGCUUCGGCGUCAGCCAGCGCUCCGACGGGCUCAAGUUCGAGGGCGAGUGGGCCGGCAACCGGCGGCACGGCUAUGGCUGCAUGACCUUCCCCGACGGCACCAAGGAGGAGGGCAAGUACAAGCAGAACGUGCUCGUCAGCGGCAAGCGCAAGAACCUCAUCCCGCUGCGCGCCAGCAAGAUCCGCGAGAAGGUGGACCGGGCCGUGGAGGCGGCCGAGCGGGCGGCCACCAUCGCCAAGCAGAAGGCCGAGAUCGCCGCGUCCAGGACGUCCCACUCCCGGGCCAAGGCCGAGGCGGCACUCACAGCAGCCCAGAAGGCACAGGAGGAAGCCCGGAUCGCCAGGAUCACUGCCAAAGAGUUCUCGCCCUCCUUCCAGCACCGGGAGAACGGGCUCGAGUACCAGCGGCCGAAGCCUCAGCUGUCCAGUGACGCCCUGGAGGUCACCUCCACGGGGACGGCCCUGCAGGAGAGCCCCGAGCUGUACCGCAAAGGCACGACACCCUCGGACCUCAGCCCCGACGCCAGCCCCGACGCCAGUCCGACGCCCACCCCCCGCAACAAGCCGCCGCACCUGGCCCGGCAGGUGUCUGUGGACGAGGAGCGCGGUGGCCACAUCCAGAUGCUGCUGGCCGAGAAGGGGGUUGCCCGGGGCUCCGGCCACAAGCAGCCCGGGAACCCCAAGGCCCGGGAGCGGCCCGAGUCACCCACCUGCUUCUGGACUCCACAGCCCCGGGCCGGGCCCCCGGGUAGCGGCGGCGGCGGCGGCGUCAGGCUGGCCGAGCUGGACGAGCGGCCGAGCAAGUACGAGAUGGAGCUGAAGCCGCUGCUCCGCGUGGACGCGGCCCUGCAGGAGUCGCAGCCCCAGAGGCGGCGCCCCAGCAAGGGGGGGCCCUGCCGGGGCGCGGGGGACGACCGGGCCUUCGGGGCGCAGAGACUGAGGGCCAAGGCCCAGGGCAAGGAGAACGCCAGGCCGGCGGCCGAGCCCGCGGUGCAGAGACUGGAGAGCCUGCGGCUGGGCGGCCGUGCCGAGCCCCGGCUGCUGCGCUGGGACCUCACCUUCUCCCCGCCGCAGCGCUCGGCCCCGGUGGAGUCCGACCAGGAGACCCGGGACCAGCUCAAGCCCAGCUCGGGCUCCGCCCCCCUCCUGGUCGCCAUGGUGAUCCUGCUCAACAUCGGCGUGGUCAUCCUGUUCAUCAACUUCUUCAUCUGAAGGGCAGGCGCGGGGCCACGAGACCCAGCCCCCGGAGGGGCGGCCUCA